AUGACCUCCAACGCGCAGAAUGUGGGCAUCAAGGCCAUGGAGAUUUAUUUUCCUAGUCGCUAUGUGUCACAAACUGAGCUUGAGACCUAUCUGGGUGCUAGUACCGGGAAGUUCACUAUUGGACUGGGUCAGCAGAAGAUGAGCUUCUGUGAUGACCGUGAGGAUCUCUAUUCCAUGGCACUCACAGCAGCCUCCUCUCUACUUGAAAAGUACAAGAUUGACCCAACCACAGUUGGUCGCUUAGAAGUGGGAACCGAAACCCUCCUCGACAAAUCAAAGUCAUGCAAGUCGGUGCUCAUGCAACUGUUCGGCGAAAACACAGACAUUGAGGGAGUCGACACCUAUAACGCUUGCUACGGUGGAACCAAUGCCUUUUUGAACGCAGUCAACUGGGUCGAAUCUUCUGCCUGGGACGGUCGCGAUGCAAUCGUCGUAGCGGGCGACAUCGCUUUGUACGAUAAACCUGCCGCCCGCCCGACAGGCGGUGCAGGCUGUGUAGCCAUGCUGAUCGGUGCCGAUGCGCCCAUUGUGCUGGAACCCUUUCGUGGAACAUACAUGAAGCACGUCUACGACUUCUAUAAAGGAGAUUUCAAAUCCGAGUACCCCAUUGUUGAUGGACACUUCUCCAACACAUGCUACCUGCAGGCAUUGGAUAAUUGCUAUGAACGUUACCGGGCGAAAUCGGCGAAAAGCGCUGAACUCGCAAAUGGAUUUGCGACUGACAGAGGCAGCUUUUUGAAUACCUUUGACUAUUUCGCUUUCCAUGCGCCUAACUGCAAGCUCGUCUCCAAGGCCUAUGGCCGUUUGUUGUUCAAUGAUUUCCGGGCGGAGCCUGAACAAUUUGAUGAGAUUCCGGUGGCGGUCCGCGAUGUUGAGUACACCGCAUCUCUGACGGAUAAAGAGAUUGAGAAGUCCUGUAUCGGGUUGACCAAGGAACAUUUUUUCAAGCGUGUCCAGCCAUCUCUUACGGCGCCCACCAACUGCGGAAACAUGUACACUGCUAGUGUCUACUCUGGGCUGCUGAGCUUGUUGAGCAAUGUUUCUAGCGAGGAACUGCAGGGCAAGCGUAUUGGGGUUUUCAGUUAUGGCAGUGGUCUGGCCAGCACUCUCUUUAGCCUGCGGGUCAAGGGGAAUACUUCCGAGAUUUCAGAGCGGGUCCGGCUAAAUGAGCGUUUGGAGGCUCGCACUGCGGUCUCACCGGAGUUCUAUAACGAGAUGUGUAAAAUUCGGGAAAAUGCCUACCAGAAGAACUGUUAUAACCCUAUUGGAAGCGUCGAUAGCCUAGCUCCAGGUACCUAUUACCUUACCCACGUGGACGAAAUGUUCCGACGACGCUAUGAGAAAAAGCCGAAUGCAUGA